AAAAAAAAUUAAAAUGACUUCAAAAAAGAAUAAAAUGGAAAUAGAUCAAGAAGAAACGGAACUUGAAGUAGUAUUACCAGGAGAUCCUAUAAAUAUUACAAGAAAAGAUUUAAAAUUGGGACCAGGUUUAACAUUAACUCAAGAUUCUGUAAUUUGUAUUAAAGCCGGAAUAUUAAAACAUUUUAGUAAGAAAAAUAUAUGGUAUGUUGAAAAUAAUCAAAGAAGGUAUAUACCAGCAGAGAGAGAUCCGGUUAUUGGAAUUGUAACUUAUAAAGGAGGAGAAUAUUAUCGACUAGACAUUGGUAGUGCUCAUCAAGCUAUAUUACCAAUAUUAGCUUUUGAGAAUGUUAGCAAAAAGAGUCGACCCAAUUUAAAUAUUGGUAGUUUAAUUUAUGCAAAAGUAGUUUUGGCAAAUAAAGAUAUGGAGCCAGAAGUUUGGUGUUAUAAUCCAGAUACGAAUAAGGCUGAAGGAUUUGGAGAGUUAAAAAAUGGAUAUGUAAUUAAAUGUUCUCUAAGAUAUUGUAGGAGGAUAAUUUCACAAGAAACUGGAAUCAGAUCAUUAUUGAAAAAAUUAGGAGAAAAAUUUGAAUUUGAAAUAGCAGCCGGAAUGAAUGGUAGAAUUUGGAUUUGUCUAAAAUCGAAAGAUAUUAAAAAUACUAUUUAUUGUUGUAAUGUUAUUAAAAGAGGUGAAAACUUGAAUGGUGAUGAUAUCUAUGAAUUAAUUGAUAGUUUAGAUGAGGAAUAAUUUUAGUAAGGAAUAAUUUAAAAUAUUUAAUAAAACGAAGUGUAUUAUUUUAUAAUUAUGAAAAAGAGUUUUAAAUUGAUAAUGAGAACAUUUCAUCAUUAUUCUAG